AUGUCUGCUCAAAGGGAUGCUCAAGAGACAGUGGGUACCAACAAGGCAAACUCUUCAAUCACCAAGAUGUGGAAAAGAACAUGGACUCUACCUGUUAAAGGCAGGAUAAAGUCCUCUCUUUUGAGAUGUCGGCAUGAGUUCAUGAGAACAAAGACCCAACUUCAGAAGAGAGGAAUAGGUAUCAUAGCUGCGGAAGGUGAUAGUGAAAGCUUCAGAAAGGGUUUCUCUUUGGAAUGGGUUGCAGACUUGUUAGAAGCUACCCUUCAAGCGGUCAAGUGGGGUUUGGAAGAGGCUAGGACCUAA